AUGCGGCGAACAAGCUCAGCAUUAGUGUUUUUGUGGGUGGUGGUGGCAUUUUCGAUAUAUCUAAUACUUCUACGAACGAAAUCUUUCCAUUUGCCAUAUGUACGAUUCGCUUAUAUAUGUAUGGUGAUUAUUGGUAGAAUUAUUAUUAGUGUUUUGCCAGUUGAUGCAUCGGCAGGAUCUCAACAGCAAUCUCCUCCACCGACUGGUGUGGAAAUGGGCGUAUUCAAUUACAGAUCUGAUGAAGAAGAAGAAGAGAAGGAAUGCGUUAUUUGCCUGUGUGAAUACGUAGAGGAUGAUGAGGCGGUGGCACUAAAACCGUGUCAUCACAAUUUUCACGUGGAUUGCAUUCGAAGGUGGCUGCACUGCAAGCUCCGGUGUCCCAUCUGCAGUGCAUGUCCACUUCAGAAAUUUGGAUCCCACGCUCACAAUGAUCUUGCGCUUCAAAUUCCACCUCCGCCUCCUGUGGCUGAAUGA